CUUUCCAUUCCUUCUUUUAUCUUUUUUUCAGUCUCCCCUUCCUCCCUUUUUUUUUCUUCUUUUACUUCUCUUUUUACCUUUAUUUGAACGAAAAAAAUGAAAAGAAUGGGUGGUCGUCCUAAUACAUUGAUGGAUAGUCUUGAUCUUAUUUUCUUAGGUACUAUCGGUUUAGGUACCAUUGCUUGGUUGGCUCGAAAAAAACUCUUUGGGUCUUCUUCAUCUACUUUAGAUAAGACAUCUUUUUCCAACUCUACUACAACAGCAAACUCAUCCACUCCAACAAAACCUGAACGAAACUUUGUCAAGGUCAUGCAACAACAAGGACGUAAAUGUAUUGUAUUUUAUGGAAGUCAAACAGGUACAGCUGAAGAUUAUGCUACAAGAUUAGCCAAGGAAUGUAGUCAAAAAUAUGGAGUCAGUGCCAUGGCCGCCGAUAUUGAACUUUACGAUCUUAGUUAUAUGGAUACAGUACCCGAAGAUUAUAUCGUUUUCUUUAUUAUGGCUACUUAUGGUGAAGGUGAACCUACUGAUAAUGCUGUGGAUUUUUGGGAACUAUUGAACAAUGAAACACCACAAUUUUCAGAAAUGGGCAAUGAUGACAAACCUUUGAAAAACGUACGAUAUGUGGUAUUUGGAUUGGGUAACAAAACAUAUGAACAUUAUAAUUCGGUAGGCCGUACAGUGGAUAAGCAAAUGCAAAAAUUGGGUGCAACUCGUAUUGGAGAACGUGGUGAAGGUGAUGAUGAUGGAUCUUUAGAAGAAGACUUUUUGGCUUGGCAAGAAUCAAUGUGGCCUGCAUUCUGUGAAGCUCUUGGUGUAGAUGAAAGUGCUGCUCAAUCUGGUCCAAGACAAGCUACUUUUGGUGUGGAAGAAUUGACUGAUGUUGAUGAAGCUUUGGUAUAUCAUGGAGAACUUGCUGAACGACCCAAAACAGAAGGAAUCAAGAUUAUAUAUGAUGCUAAACGACCCUAUAAUGCUCCCAUUACUACUCGUGAAAUAUUUCAAGAUGGAGGUGAACGCCAUUGUAUUCAUGUGGAUAUUGAUAUUAGUGGAACCAAUUUGAAUUAUCAAACAGGUGAUCAUGUCGCUAUCUGGCCUACCAACAAUGAAGCCGAAGUCAAUCGGUUGGCGUCUGUACUCGGAUUAUCAAACAAAUUGGAUACUACUAUCUUGGUGAAGGCUAUUGACCCGACUGCUUCCAAACAAUAUCCCUUCCCGGCUCCUACAACCUAUCGAGCUAUUUUUAGACAUUAUACUGAUAUCUGCUCUAUUCCUUCUCGUCAAGCUUUGAUGGCUCUGGUGGAAUAUGCUCCAAACGAACAAGCAAAAUCGGCAUUACUCAAAUUGGCUAGUGAUAAGGAUGAAUAUAGGGUGAUUGUCAGUGAUGCAGUUCGCAAUCUCGGUGAAGUACUUACAUAUGUAGUUGGAGUUUCUGCUGAAGGUGCUUUUGCUGGUGUACCUUUUGAUUUGGUGGUGGAAAGCUUGUCUCGAUUACAACCUCGUUAUUAUUCUAUUUCAUCUUCUGCCAAAGAAAGUCCUACCAAGAUUUCAGCCACUUGCGUCACAUUGGAAUAUCAUCCUGAACCUACUCCUGAACGAACCGUAUAUGGUGUGAAUACGAAUUAUCUCUGGCAAAUCCAUAGCAAAGUACAUAACAUUGAUGAUGGUCGAUCUUAUCCCUUAUAUGCUCUUGAUGGUCCUCGUGGUGCAUUGAUGUCUGCUGGAGUCAGGAUACCUGUCCAUGUCCGUCGAUCGCAAUUCAAGUUACCUCGCAACAGUAAUGUACCAGUGAUCAUGGUGGGACCUGGUACCGGUGUAGCUCCUUUCCGAGGUUUUGUCCGUGAACGUGCUCUACAAAAGAAGGAGGGUAAAUCCGUAGGACCUACUAUUCUUUUCUUUGGUUGUCGUCAUUCUCAAAAGGACUUUUUAUAUGCUGAUGAAUGGCCAGCAUUAUUUGAAACUUUGGGUGAAGACUCUCAAUUGAUCACUGCCUUCUCUCGGGAAACAGAUCAUAAGGUUUAUGUCCAACACCGUCUUCAAGAACAUGGUCAACAAAUGUGGGAAUAUAUACUCCAAGGUGCUUAUAUCUAUGUAUGUGGUGAUGCAAAGAAUAUGGCUCGUGAUGUUCAACAAGCUUUUGUUGCUUUUGCUCAAACUCAUGGUGGCAAGGAUGAAGAAAAAGCUAAUGCGUUUAUCAAACAACUUCGUACUUCUGGACGAUAUCAAGAAGAUGUUUGGAGCUGAACAUAUUCAAGAUUAUCUUCCCUUUUUGAUUAUAUACAUAUUUAUUAAUACACACUCUAUUAUUAUUAUUAUUAUUAUUUUUAUUAUUUUGGAUCCCUUUUAUUAUCGUUGUUUUAGAAUUCACUGAUCUCUCUCCCCUUUGUUAAUCAUUCUUCCAUUAUAUUUUUUUACCAUGUUGAUUGUCUUUUACGAUUCUGUAUUUUAUGCAUGAAAAUCAAAAGGGAUGAUGUGAUC